GGCGCAGAUUGGCAGCCACCCGCGGAGGGACCCCCGGGGCGCGGGCGGGACUCCACUCUCCGCCGUCGCUGUGAGCGGGUGGCGGCCCCGCCCGGGAGCCCCCUGAGCGUCCUGCCUCGGGUCCUCCCGGGCUCCUGGCGCUGAUCCUCCUGUUGGAAAUACCAGGGUCCCACUCUCUGCGCUACCUCUUCAUGGGCGCUUCAGAGCUGGACCUCGGGCUGCCCUUGUUUGAGGCUUUGGGCUAUGUGGACGACCAGUUAUUUGUGUCCUACAAUCAUGAGAGUCGCAGAGCCGAAGCCAGAGCCCCUUGGGUCCAGGGCAGAACCUCAAGCCAACUGUGGCUGCAGCUGAGUCAGAGCCUGAAAGGCUGGGACCACAUGUUCACAGUGGACUUCUGGACCAUCAUGGACAACCACAACCACAGCAAGGAGUCUCACACGCUGCAGGUGAUGCUUGGCUGCGAGGUGCAAGCAGACAACAGCACCAGGGGGUUCUGGAGGUACGGGUACGAUGGGCAGGACCACCUGGAGUUCUGCCCGGACACACUGGAUUGGAGGGCAGCAGAGCCCAAGGCCUGGCCCACCAAGCUGGAGUGGGAAGUGCACCAGAUUCGGGCCAAGCAGAACAAGGUCUACCUUCAGAGGGACUGCCCCCAGCAGCUGCGGCAGCUCCUGGAGCUGGGGAGAGGCAUUCUGGACCAGCAAGUGCCUCCAUGGGUGAAGGUGACACGUCAUGUGACCUCUGCAGUGACCACUCUGCGGUGUCGGGCUCUGAACUUCUACCCCCAGAACAUCAGCAUGAGGUGGUUGAAGGACAGCCAGCCACUGGAUGCCAAGGAGGUUGAGCCCCAGGACGUGCUGCCCAGUGGGGACGGCACCUACCAGGGCUGGGUGGCCUUGGCUGUGCCCCCUGGGGAGGAGCAGAGGCACACCUGCCGGGUGGGGCACCCAGGCUUGGACCAGCCCCUCAUGGCCACCUGGGCGCCCCCGUCGCCCAGCACCCUGGUGAUUGGGGUCGUCAGUGGCACCAUGGUUUGCAUCCUCCUCGUCUUUACUGGAGUUUUACUCCGAACUCUAAGGAAGAAGCACGCCUCGAGAGGCGUCGCCAGGGACUACGUCUUAGCCGAUUGCCAGUGAAGCGCAGCCUGCUGACCUCCUGCAGGGAGGAAGGAAACACAGCCAGACUCAAAGACAGGGCGCACUUGUGGACUCCUCAGUGUUUGGGGACAGAAUUGGGCCUACCAAACAGAAAGUGCUGCAGAACUCUGCUCCAGUCUUCCCUGCUCACUUCCCCAGGAAGUUUCCUCCAUCUGUGUCUUGGUUCCUGCAUGACAGCAACCCCAGGCUGUGACCUGUCCCCCAGAGCUGGUUCUCAUAAAUCUCAGGCUGACUGUGGAGACUUCCUUCAUCUCCUCUCUCGCCUCGGACCCCACACACCUGUCAUCUCAUCUCCUAUAUGCAAAAGAGGGCUCCUUACAUUUUAGAGACUCUGAGAAAAGCCAUGGCCCUUCACCCCAGGGUGUGCAUAUUUGUACUCCUGUCAGAAUUUUGCCCACAUAUUCUCACACCCAGGACCCACUGGGCUUUCUCUAAAUCCUCUCUAUUAUCCAGUGUCUGUCACCACAGCCUGGUUUUGUUCCAUCAAAGUGUGAUCUGGGACAUCGCACAGUCGUGGAGGCUGUGCACUGCACCACUGAGGGAGCGCCUCUCCGGCCAAGGAUGGCUGUUUGUGUGCAGUGUGAUGGUUUUCAGCAGGGGAGAGGAUUAAGGAGGCCUACCUUUUUCUCAUUUGCACAAAGAUAUCCUAUAGGUUUUCAGAGUUAAAUGGCACCUGCCUUUGUGAUGCCUGUUUGGUAUGCUGACCCAAAGUACCUUGUCUUGUUGUUCUGACAAAGGAAAUCACCACGAGGAUGAUCAUAGUAAUGAUAAUGAGGCUGACACUUGUUUUCCAAAAGUGCCUGGUGUCAGUCUGUUCUGAGCCUCUGCUCACAUGCGUUACUGCGUGCAGUUCUUAUACUAAUCCUACAAGGUAGGUACUGUUAUUCUCCCACCUGCCUUUUAGAGGAAGAAAGUGAACUACAGGGCAUCUUGCCACUUGCCAGGGAUGGAGAUGGCUUUCAGACUCAGUCAGUCUGGCUGCUUGACCUUCACUACAUGUGGGAAGGACCCGAGUGUGGUCCCUCACUCCUCUGCUCUUCUUUCUGACUCUCUUUAACCCCCGCAGGAGGACCGUGAUUGGUGUGUUCAGUCGGUGGCUGUACUGGACUUGAUUGCGUCCACCUUCAGCCAUUGCCUCUGGAGUCAGAAUCCUGAUGUCACUUCCCUCUUCAGACUAGAGCAGUAUUUCUCAUUGUUAGCUGAGAAAAUGGAAGCUGUCAGGCAGCUUGGAGGACACCCAGCAUCCUCCAGGGGCCGCUGGUUCUCAUCCCCAGUUAUGCACAUCCUAAAAAAUCAAUCUAACCCCGUCACUUUCAAACUCUGGGAAAGUGAGUCAUCCAAGCGUGUUGGAGAGUCAUGUAACCAUGUGUCCAUAGAUCUCCAUCCAGGUGCCACGGGCCUGCUUUCUGUUGCCUCAUACUUUUGGCUGCAAUGUAUACAUUUGGCUAUGUGUGCUGUGGCACUGUGGGAAGGCAGGUGCCUCAAGAAACCAAGCACAGCUCAAAAGUUUAAAAAUGGUAGGCAUUGAAUUUGAGCAGAGAAUCUCAACUUUAAAAAAAAAAAAACUUUAUGUUUUUCUUCUGUUUAUGAAAGUUAUAUAGAAGAAAGUAAAAUUGAGCUCACUGUAGAAAAGUUGAAAAUGAAAUUAAAGCUACCAUUCUACGAGCAAGUGAUAAACUGUAUUGACGACUCAUGUAUACUGCCUUUUGCUGCAUUCAAGUAUAUGAUGAAUUAAAUACACACACACACACACACAUGUGCUCACAAUUGUGGUGUUUACGGCAUGAUUUUACUAAUAUUGUUCAUCAUGCAUAUAAUUAACUGUUCAUGUAGAAGACAUUCACAUUACUUUUAAUGUUUUUUUAUGUUUUUUUCCAUGGAAUACUUUCAUUAAACUGUGGUUGCUGAA